AUGGAUAAAAACGGCAUUGUCCUGAUGCAAAGGUACGAGUUAGGCCGUCUUCUAGGUAAGGGCACAUUCGCGAAAGUGUACCACGCACGUAGCCUCAAAACGGGAGAAAACGUAGCAAUCAAAGUAAUAGAUAAGCAGAAAGUCGCCAAAGUCGGAUUAAUCGAUCAAAUCAAACGAGAAAUAUCAGUAAUGCGUCUCGUUCGCCACCCAAACGUAGUCUUCCUCCACGAAGUCAUGGCGAGCAAAACAAAGAUCUAUUUUGUGAUGGAGUAUGUUAAAGGCGGUGAGCUUUUCGACAAAGUCUCUAAAGGAAAGCUUAAAGAAGAUAUUGCUCGGAAAUAUUUCCAGCAAUUGAUUGGAGCAAUCGAUUAUUGCCAUAGCCGUGGAGUUUACCACCGUGAUCUCAAGCCAGAGAAUCUGCUUCUAGACGAAAAUGGAGAUUUGAAGAUAUCUGAUUUCGGGCUAAGCGCGUUGAGAGAGUCGAGGAAACAAGAUGGUUUGCUUCACACGACAUGUGGAACACCUGCUUACGUGGCGCCUGAAGUGAUCUGCAAGAAAGGGUAUGAUGGAGACAAAGCUGAUGUUUGGUCAUGUGGAGUUGUGUUGUAUGUGUUAUUGGCUGGUUUUCUUCCGUUUCAUCAAAAAAAUCUUGUCGAAAUGUAUCGGAAGAUCAAGAAUGGGGAAUUCAGAUGUCCAAACUGGUUCCCUCCUGAGGUCAAGAAGCUACUAUCUCGAAUUCUUGAUCCCAACCCUAAUUCAAGAAUAAAGAUUGAAAAAAUCAUGGAGAAUUCUUGGUUUCAAAAAGGCUUCAAGAAGAUUGAAACGCCUAAAUCGCCUGAUAGUAAUCAGAUCGAAUCGCUAAUCAGCGACGUGCAAGCAGCCUUUGCUUUGCAGCCGAUGUGUUACAAUGCAUUUGACCUAAUCUCAUCGUUGUCUCAAGGAUUUGAUCUCUCGGGAUUGUUUGAGAAAGAAGAGAGAUCAGAAUCAAUGUUUACAACAAAGAAGGAAGCGAGAGAGAUAGUGUCGAAAUUUGAAGAGAUAGCUACGAGUAGUGAGAGAUUUGAUUUGAAGAAAAGCAAUGUAGGAGUGAAGAUGGAAGAUAGAAGAGAGGGAAGAAAAGGACAACUGGCGAUUGAUGUUGAGAUAUUUGAAGUGACAAAGAGUUUUCAUAUGGUUGAGUUUAAGAAGAGUAAAGGUGAUACAAUGGAGUAUAAAGAGUUUUGUGAUGGUGAGCUUAAGCCGUCUUUGAAAGAUAUUGUUUGGAAAUGGCAAGGAAACAACAAUAGCAACAACGAGAAACUUGUCUAG